AUGGGUGACGACGCUUCUAGCCGCAAUCAAACAUAUGGCAUCCAGGGUCUUCCCAGGCCACCGCAUGCCACACGACAUCCUGGACAGAUACCUUGCGUUCCAGGUUUGCCAGUCCGCAAAGAGAUAUCAUCUCUCGCCAAUUCAAAAGAUCCAGAAGAGAUAAAACAGUGGACGCUCUUCAUCCUGGCAAUAGAGAGGUUCAAGCGUAUGCCUGUGGACGACAAGUUAUCUUACUUCCAAAUCGCCGGUAUUCAUGGCUACCCAGAAGUCGCCUGGGAUGGAGAUCCUCAACCAAGAACCGCACCUAAUGCCGAGACUAAGAGACCUGGGGAUCAGCCUUUUGGUGGUUACUGCAAUCACAAUAGUCUUACUUUUCCAACGUGGCACAGACCUUACAUGCUGCUAUUUGAGCAACGGGUUUGGGAAACCAUGCAACUCGUUAUCGACAAUUGGGUGAUAGAAUCUGGACUUUCUGUCUCGGAUGCAGAAGAUUGGCAUGCAGCAGCAGAUACUUGGCGGAUGUCGUACUGGGAUUGGGCUCGGCGUCAAGAUUAUGGCGAAGAUUUAGUCCUCCCACAAGUCCUCACCCAAGCUACGGUUCGCAUAUCCCCACCAGAUGCUGUACAAAACCACUUUUCUGCUGAUGGUCUAUACCCGAAUCCGUUGCUGGGCUUCGAGAACCCUGAUAAAAAUCAAGAAACUGGGGAACCGCUGCCUUUUGGAAAUUUGCCUGGGUUCAAAUCGACUUGGAACAUCAAAGACAACCCUGCAGUGCAUGAUGAAAUUCCGCUCAAGGAAGAUUGUGAUUGGGCACCUUGGAGCAAAACAUCCGGCACCAGUCGCUAUGGUAUCUUCAGAGCAAAAGACGUAUCAGAAGCAGAAAAGGACCCCUGUCGUCACUUUACCGGACUUCACGGAGUGAGUAACUGCUCUCAAGCCAACCAUAGACUUGCAACUGUCCACCAGAACGACCCAGAUGGCAAGUCGCGGUGGGGAACUAUAGAAAGCUACUCCAAAGGUCAGACAUGGAACCCCGGAAGCCUUGCAGAUGCUGUCAAUCGCAUGUUUUCCAGGGGUUACAAUUCAACUUGGGGCCAUUUCGCCUCUACAAAGUGGAUCGCUGAAAGCGAAGACUGUCCUGAGACGGGAUACAUAUCUCUGGAGUAUAUCCAUAAUAAUGUGCAUAAUUUGACUGGAGGAAGUGAUUACGUCGCUGGGAUGGGUCAUAUGAGCGAUGUGCCAGUGGCAGCCUUUGAUCCUAUCUUCUGGCUCCAUCAUGUUCAAAUAGACCGUCUACUAGCUAUCUGGCAAUGUCUCUACCCAAACCUGUGGUUCGAUAAGGAACAAUCGGAGGUAUCAGACCCAGUCAACUUGAAAACGCCAAACGUCGUCGAUGACAAAGAAACAGACCCUCUCGAGCCCUUCCACAGAAAAGAUAACGAUCCUGAGAAGGAAGUCUGGACUUCUCAAGCUUGUCGUGAUUGGACAGAUAUGAACUACCAAUACGACGAUCUGGCCGAGUUGGCACAGGAGAUUGUACGCAAACAUGGAGAGUUUGAUGAGGAAGAGUACAGGAACGAAUUACACGCACAUAUCGACAACUUAUAUCCCGCGACCGGACAUUUAAUACAGUCUAUGAUGAAGCAUCAGAAUAGUCCUCAAGGCCUCCAAGCAAGUUAUGCGGAUACCGAAUCAUGGAACGAUUAUAUCAUCAAUGUAGUGUACGACCGAUACGCUAUGGACGGGUUAUCUUACACAAUUGAGUUCUUCCUCGGUCGACCCAAGAACGAAAACAGCACCCACUUCGACAGACAUAACUACAUUGGCCAUGUAUACUCCUUUGGCGGAAGACUUAGCUCACCAGAAGGUUCCUGCAGUAAUUGCAAGAGUCAAGCCGAGGAAGAAACUCUCUCUUGUGCACAGAUUCCUUUGACGAUACAUCUACUUCAACAUGUCAAGGAUAACAUCUUGGAUCAUCCAAUUGCAGAUUUGUGUCAAGUUGAGGACUAUCUAAGACUGCAUCUGCGGUGGAGAGUUGUCAAGUACGGCGGCGAGGUGAUGCCUGACGAUGUCUUUGAGAGUAAAUUCUCCAAAACUCGGAUCUCGGUCUUACGGGGUCUUGGCAGUAAUGUCGAUCUUGAGACUGCACCAAUCUCUGACGAGACAUUUGAUCCCAUGGACUCAAGGCCUGGUUUCUCAACGGUAUACAGCAACUACACGUUUAUACCGGAGGCCACCGACGGAAAGCCAGGUGGUCUACAGAUGGGAGAGAAGGAUCUAUCUAGUCAAUGGAGUGAUGUAGGAUCACCAGUGAGAGAACGCCUAGGAGGAAGACAAGGCAUCCGUGCGCAUCUCUAG